GAACUUAUGAAGGUCCGGGAACGCAUGCAAGCGGGGCCGGUGGAGGAUUUCAGGGAAAGAGAUGAUGGUCUCUUGUUAUUUCGUGACCGAGUGUGUGUACCGUCAGAUGAUGAGCUCCGAAAGUCCAUCUUAGAGGAGGCUCAUUCAUCGGCUUAUGCCAUGCACCCGGGGGGCACGAAAAUGUACCGUGAUUUGAAGGAAAGUUACUGGUGGUCUGGAAUGAAGAGGGAAAUAGCCGAGUACAUCAGUCGGUGCCUUACUUGUCAACAAGUUAAGGCAGAACAUCAGCACCCAGCAGGCUUAUUGCAACCACUCUCCAUCCCUGAAUGGAAGUGGGAGCACGUGACUAUGGAUUUCGUGGUAGGCUUACCACGAACUAUCAGGAACUAUGACGCGGUUUGGGUCGUUGUGGAUAGGCUCACAAAGAGUGCACACUUCUUGCCUAUCAACACUACCUACCCACUUGAGAGGUUAGCCAAAUUGUAUACGGAUGAGAUCGUGAGGCUGCAUGGGGUCCCGGUGACCAUUGUAUCUGAUAGAGACCCACGAUUCACAUCACGUUUUUGGCCGAAAUUCCAGGAGUCUAUGGGAACGAAGUUGAAGUUCAGCACUGCUUUCCAUCCACAGACGGAUGGGCAGUCUGAAAGGGUUAUACAGAUCCUAGAAGACAUGCUGAGGGCUUGUGCAUUGGAGUUCCAGGGGAGUUGGGACAACCACUUAGCACUUGUGGAGUUUGCCUAUAACAACAGUUAUCAGGCAAGCAUCGGCAUGCCUCCAUACGAGGCAUUGUAUGGGAGGAGGUGUCGUACACCGUUAUGCUGGGACGAGGUUGGCAUGGCCAAACUCGAGGGUACUGAGUUGGUGGAGGUCACCAAAUCAAAGGUGAAGUUAAUUCGAGAGAGACUCAAGGCGGCUCAGGAUAGACAAAAGAGUUAUGCAGAUAAGCGUCGAAGAACCUUAGAGUUUAAGGUUGAUGACGAGGUAUUCUUGAAAGUUUCUCCUUGGAAAGGGAUCAUUCGGUUCCAAACCCGAGGAAAACUUAACCCACGAUAUAUAGGUCCAUUCAGAAUUAUAGAGAGGAUUGGGGCCGUUGCAUAUCGUCUACAAUUGACUCCUGAGUUAGAGAAGAUACAUAAUGUGUUUCAUGUAUCCAUGCUUAAGAAGUACGUGCAUGAUCCCUCUCACGUAUUGGAGAAGCCACCUGUAGAGGUACGUGAGGAUUUGAACUACGCUGUUCAACCUAUCAAAGUCACCGAUAGAAAGGUGAAGAAGCUGAGGAGCAAAGAAGUCCCAAUGGUUAAAGUCCUGUGGAAGAGCGAUCGGGUCGAGGAAGAGACAUGGGAAACGGAGGCUUUGAUGAGGAAGCAGUAUGCUUUCAUAUUCGAGUAGAGCUGUGAAUUUCGGGGACGAAAUUCCUGUUAAGGGGGGGUGAACCUGUGACACCGCACCCGAACGUCCUUGAAAAUUCGAUUUAAAAAUUCAAAAGUGAUGUAUUGAAUUUCCGAUUUCAAAGCAAUGGAAGAAACGAUUAAUAUUUUACGAAGUACAUGAUUGAAUAUUGUAUUGUUCAAACCCGCAUUCUUUUGUAAUUUUCAUCGUGUAAAUUAUUGGGAUGAGCCUACACAUAUUGGAGAUCAAUAAUGUGAUUUAGGAAGUUGACUUGCUCUAAAUAAGUUAGAAUGAGUACAAAAAAAGACAUCUUUUGACAAAGAUAAAACAAUAGGACCCAUCUUCCCAUUUUUGGAAGUAUUGGUAGAUAUUUUGGACCCCAAAUUAAAUGGGAUCAUUUGGGAACCAUCCCACAUGACCUUGGUACCUGCAAAGACAAAGAAAAAUGGAUGAGACAACUAUGUGGGGCGUACUUUUGACUCAUGAGCUACAACAUUACAAAAAGGAAAUAAAAGAGGAGGUCCAUACCAUGUUUGAUUGCAAUCAAAUACCCCACCCUUCUUUUUUGUGAACCACAUGCUCUCUUAGCAUGAUUGAGGCCUUCCUAAUACAUUUUCCCUACACCCCAUUCGAACUCCCAAGAUAAGAGAGAAAGAGGGAGCCACAUAUUCCAAGGGAGAAGAGAAGAGAGAAGCUGGCCGCAGGAUUCGUUUUCCAGCAGAUAGGGUCUCUUGUUUGAUUCAUAACUUGAGCUUCACUCGUCCAAAUAAGGCGUAUGAUAUACCAAAAGAAAGCUCUCAAGACGAGGAAUCUGUGAAGGCCUGGUUUGCAGGAAUCGGAGUUGUGGAAGGCUUCCAAAUCGUCCGAGAAAAACGCAACCUCGCAGGAGAGGAUUUAAUCUUCUAAAGAAUCGAGUUAGCCGGAAAACACCCGUUCUAGGGGCUGUUUUCGUAUCAACGAUUAAGGGUUGAACUAGCACUUUGAGGAGGCUGUUUAACACUCAUAUUUGAGCAAGGAAUCAGUCCCAAAUCCACCUUGACCAAAUAUUUGACCGUUGGACCAAGAAGGGAAAGUUUAAAGCUCAAUUGAGGUUGAGGCUAGAGCUUGCUUCCUGUGCUCGUUGCUCGAGAGAUCAUCUAGGAGCGAAGACUUGGUUCGUGCUUCCUCCAUCCGGAUUUUAAACAUUAAUAAACAUGCUCAUGGAUAUUUUAAUAUAGAGCCUGCGUGCUCAUGAAUAGCCCUGUGUGGCCCUUUUGUUUUAAACAAUGUUUUCCGCUGCUUUAUGAAUUACUUAUUAUGUUGUUUAUGGAUGACUUGUGUGUGAAUGAUAUUCAUGACGCCUUGUAUAAUAUGAAUGUGUUGGACU